AUGGAUACUUCCAAAUCUCAUGAAAUCAUAGUAAACGAGACAACGCCUCUGGUACCUGCAAAAGGUUGGAAGAAACCUAAAACGCCCCUUCCAAAACUUCAAAUAGGCAUACUUAUAACGCUGCAACUUGCGGAACCCAUCGCUUCGACAUCUAUAUUUCCGUACAUCAAUCAGCUGAUCAGUGAACUUGGAAUCACUGGGGGCAACGAUGCGGCCGUAGGAUAUUACGCUGGAAUCAUUGAAUCUCUGUUUUUCGUCGCGCAGGCAUUGACGGUGCUGAAGUGGAGUAGGCUGUCUGACCGCAUUGGGCGCAAGCCCGUGUUGGUAAUCGGUCUCUCAGGUGCUUGCAUUUCGAUACUGUGUUUCGGCCUCUCAACGACCUUCUGGAGUCUUGUCAUCAGUCGUUGCAUGUGCGGUUUUCUGAAUGGCAAUGUAGGAGUUAUGAAGACUAUGAUGGGUGAAUUGACAGACUCCACAAAUAUGGCUCAAGCGUUUGCCUUGGUCCCGAUCGUCUGGAGCCUUGGAGGCUUUAUUGGUCCUUUAAUGGGCGGAACGCUUGCGCGACCACAAGAUCAUUGGCCUGCAUUAUUCUCCGGUCCAUUUUGGAGAAAUUAUCCAUACUUUCUGCCUUGUGCAGUGGCAGCCUUUCUGCUCGUCUUGGCCAUUGUCAUGAUGUUGAUGUUCUUAGACGAAACAUUAUCGACGAAGCGUCGACCGAACUUCACUCCAACCACGGUUGACGUUUCAAGUAGUCCCGACGGAGAAUCACUCGCUCAAAAAUCAAUGGGAAACAUGUCCUUGCGAUCUCUCCUCACGCCUUCCGUUGUCAUUCCGAUUGCAAACUUCGCCAUGGUUGCCUUCCUCGAUGUUUCUUUCAGGGUCCUUUUGCCGCUGUUCUUUUCAACACCUACUUAUCUUGGCGGACUUGGAUUUGAUCCCGCUACUAUUGGCUCGUGGAUGGCAUUGUUUGGGAUCAUUGAUGGUGUCUUUCAGGCAUUAUGUCUCGCCAGAAUCGUUGAUUGGAUUGGUCCGAAGCGUUUAUUCUGCGUCUCAGUGACGUGCUACGCACCACUCAUGGCUAUGUUUCCAAUAAUAUCGUGGAUUUUACGCGCAAGGGGGGAAGUCGAUCAUGCAAUCACGUUUGCUUUGCUUUGCCUUCUAGUUAUGGUAGUUAUAUGGCAUACAACAUAUGGAACUAUCUCCCUGUUUAUUACAGCUUCUGCUCCUACAAAUGAUGUCCUUGGCGCUAUCAAUGGCCUUGGCCAAACUUUUGCGGCGAUGGCUCGUGCCGUUGGUCCCGCCAUGGCGACUUCGCUCUUCGCUGCAUCGAAGGAACACAAUCUUCUAGGAGGAAAUGCAGUUUUUUUUAUCUUAAUUAUGUUGGUCGGUGGAUUGAGAUGGCUAGCGUCCCAGUUGCCAGAUGAAAUACAAGACAGGGAUGAGUGA